GACCCUCAUAGGCACUGGAAGUUGUCGCCCCAUUCAGGGACCCUCAUAGGCACUGGAAGUUGUCGCCCCAUUUGAGGACCCUCACUGGAUUUUGUUUCCGCAGGAGCGGCGGCCGGCGGUGAAUGGACGGGAUCCCAGAUCGACAGCGGAGAUCCCCCCGGAGGAGAGACAUGGUGUGAUGCAGCGUCUUGUCCCCUCUGAUCCACAGGUGGCUGUAGGACUUUGCAGGGUCCCGGGGAGUUCCAGGCGGUGAGGACCCCCGCAGCGCACUCUCCAGGAUGUCCGGCUGCAGACUGACCAACACGAACGGAUUCCCGGAGGAGCCCAGAAUGGAGACCGGGGACGUCAACCGCAUCAUGAGGCACCUUGAGACCGGGACCGUGCUGACGCUGUUCUACCAGAAGAAGUCCCAGCGCCCCGAGAGGAGGACCUUCCAGCUGAGGCUCGACACCAGGCAGGUGGUCUGGUACAGGACCCCCGAAAAGGUGGAAGGGGAAAUCGAUAUCCGAGAGAUGAAAGAGAUUCGACCCGGGAAGAAUUCACGAGAUUUCGAGAGGUAUCCAGAAGACGCCCGAAAGGUGGACGCCUCCCUCUGCUUCAUCAUCCUGUACGGGGCCGACUUCAGGCUGAAGACCAUCAGUGUAGCCGCGUUCAGUGAGGAGGAGGUGACGCUCUGGAUCAGCGGUUUGUCCUGGGCCCUCACAGACACCCUGAAGUCACCCGGGCCCCUACAGGUGGAGAGGUGGCUGAGGAAGCAGUUCGAGGUGAUGGACCGGGCAAAGGACGGCAGUGUCACCCUGAAGGAUGUGAAGGCGCUGCUCCCCCAGGUCAACUACCGAGUGCCCAACAUGAGGUUCCUGCGCGACAAACUGCAGGAGAUCGAGGCACGGAGUGAGCUCAGCUUCACGCACUUCAUCCUCUUCUACAAGAACCUGAUGUUCGAUGCUCAGAAGUCAAUCAUUGAGCAGCUGGACUUGUCGUUCCCUCUCCGUAAUGUCGACCGCCCCUCGCUGUGUCAGAUCUCACUUUACGACUUCCAGCGCUUCCUCCAGUUUGAUCAGAAGGAAGCCUGGGCGACCGACCUGGGCAAAGUCAGAGAAUGUCUAUGCAGUUACCUACGAGACACCGACGGGGAGAUGGCAGAGCCGGUGCUGCAGCUGGACGAGUUCCUGACGUAUCUGUUCUCCAAGGAGAAUUCAGUGAUGGAUUCCAAGUAUGAGAGCGUGGUGCCGGAGGAGAUGAACCACCCGCUGUCCCAGUACUGGAUCUCCUCCUCGCAUAACACGUAUCUGACUGGCGAUCAGUUCUCGAGCGAGUCCUCACUGGAGGCGUACGCCCGCUGCCUCCGCAUAGGCUGCCGCUGCAUUGAGCUGGACUGCUGGGAUGGUCCGGACGACCUGCCGAUCAUCUACCACGGACACACCCUGACAUCCAAGAUCAAGUUCCUGGACGUGCUGCACACCAUUAAGGAGAACGCCUUCAUCACCACAGAGUAUCCCGUCAUCCUGUCCAUAGAGGACCAUUGCAGCGUCAUGCAGCAGAGGAACAUGGCCUACUACUUCAAGAAGGUCUUCGGGGACAUGCUGCUGACCAAGCCGGUGGACAUCAACGCCGACGAGCUGCCGUCUCCUAACCAGCUGAAGAAGAAGAUCCUGAUAAAGCACAAGAAGCUGGUGGAAGGAAACCUGUACGAGGAGGUGUCCACGGCCAGCUACUCCGAGAACGACAUCAGCAACUCCAUCAAGAACGGCAUCCUGUACCUGGAGGACCCCAUCGAUCAUACCUGGAGUCCACAUUAUUUCGUGCUCACAAGUAACAAGAUCUAUUACUCGGAGGAGACGUCGCGGUACCAGUCCAACGAGGACGAGGAGGAAUCCGAACCCAAAGAGGAAAUGAAUAACAACGAGCUUCACUUCAGUGAGAAAUGGUUCCACGGGAAACUGGGCGGCGGGCGCGAUGGGCGCCAUAUUGCCGAGAAGCUACUACAUGAAUACUGCACAGAGACGGGAGGAAAGGAUGGAACGUUCCUAGUACGUGAGAGCGAGACCUUCGUGGGCGACUACACCCUGUCAUUCUGGCGUUCCAACCGCGUCCAGCAUUGCCGCAUUCACUCCAGGCAGGAGGCCGGCACCACCAAAUUCUACCUGACCGACAACCUGGUGUUUGACAGUCUGUACGGCCUGAUCUGCCAUUACCGCGAGGUGCCGCUGCGCUGCAAUGAGUUCGAGAUGCGGCUGACGGAUCCGGUGCCCCAACCCAACGCUCAUGAGAGCAAAGAGUGGUACCAUGCCAGCCUCACCCGUCUGCAGGCAGAGCACAUGCUGAUGAGGGUGCCUAGAGAUGGCGCCUUUCUGGUGCGGAAGCGAAGUGAACCAAACUCCUACGCCAUCUCCUUCAGAGCUGAAGGGAAGAUCAAGCACUGUCGCAUACAGCAGGAGGGGCGCCUCUUUAUGCUGGGGAGCUCUGCAGAAUUCGAGAGCCUCGUAGACCUGGUCAGCUACUACGAGAAGCACCCGCUCUACCGUAAGAUGAAGCUGCGCUACCCCAUCAAUGAGGAGGCGUUGGAGAAGAUGGGAACGGCGGACCUGGACUAUGGGGCGCUGUAUGAGGUUCGGACCCCCCACUUAUACGUGGAGGCCAAUAAGAUGCCAACAUCCAGGUGUAUGGUAAAAGCGCUGUACGACUACAAGGCCCAGCGAGAGGACGAGCUCUCCUUCUGUAAACAAGCCAUCAUACACAACGUGGACAAGCAAGAUGGCGGCUGGUGGCGCGGUGACUACGGUGGGAAGAAGCAGCUUUGGUUUCCUGCUAACUACGUGGAGGAGAUGAGCGCAGCGGUGACGGAUGAGCAGGACAAUACGCAGUCGUUCUAUGGUCAGUCAGCAGAAAACAGCCCCCUGGGGAACUUCCUGAAGGGUUUCAUAGACGUCCCGUCCUGCCACAUCGUCUUAUCCAAGGAAGGCCGCAGCCCCAGGCCCUACAUGUUCACCAUUCACUCCCAGCAGAUGUCGCACCCAUCUCAGGCGCUGGACGUGGCGGCCGAUUCUCAAGAGGAGCUGAACGACUGGAUCGCAAAGAUCCGCGAGGCCGCGCAAAACGCAGAUGCCAGGAUGCAGGAGGGGAAGAUCAUGGAGCGGAGGAAGAAGAUAGCGCUGGAGCUGUCCGAGCUGGUCGUGUACUGCCGCCCCGUGCCCUUUGAUGAAGAAAAGAUCGGCACGGAGAAGGCGUGUUACCGGGACAUGUCUUCAUUCCCCGAGACCAAGGCAGAGAAGUACGCCAGCCGCAGCAAGGGGAAGAAGUUCCUGCAGUAUAACCGGCGCCAGCUGAGCCGCGUCUACCCCAAAGGGCAGCGCCUCGACUCCUCCAACUACGACCCCCUGCCAAUGUGGAUAUGCGGGAGUCAGCUCGUGGCGCUAAACUUCCAGACCCCAGACAAGCCCAUGCAGCUGAACCAGUCGCUCUUCAUGCUGGGGGGGCAGAGCGGGUACGUGCUGCAGCCGGACAUCAUGAGAGACAAUUUUUUUGAUCCGUUUGACAAAAACAGCCUGAAGAUUGUAGAGCCGAUCACGGUGCAGAUCCAGAUUCUGGGCGCUCGGCAUCUCCCUAAAAAUGGCCGCAGCAUCGUGUGUCCUUUCGUAGAAGUGGAGGUUUGCGGAUCAGAAUUUGACAACGGCAAAAACAAGAGCGACGUUGUAGCGGAUAACGGUCUUAACCCCGUCUGGACCAUGAAGGAGUUCGUCUUUGACAUCAAUAAUCCAGAGUUUUCCUUCCUGAGGUUCGUGGUGUACGAGGAGGACAUGUUCAGUGAUCCCAACUUUCUGGCGCAGGCCACGUUCCCCGUGAAGGCCUUGAAGACGGGUUAUCGCUCUGUACCCUUACGGAACAGCUAUAGCGAGGAGCUGGAGCUCGCCGCCCUGCUGGUGCACAUAGAGAUUGUCAAUGCAAAGGAGGAGGACGAUGAGAAUCUUUACACGUCCAUCCAGCAGCUGCGGGAUCGGGCCAGCGAGUUAUCCAGCCAAGUGUCCAGCUACGAGCGAGCCAACAACUGCGACUCGCGCUACCAGCAGUGGCUGGACGAACUGCGCGCCGCCCAGGAGAGGCUGCUGGAGCUCACAGAAGUGCGCAACCGCAAGCUCAUGGAAAAGAAGAGACGCGACCGGCAGAUGGCGAAUAAGCGGAACUGACCGUUUCUCCAGGAUAGCGCUGAGCUGUAUGACCGGAGCACCGUCCGCUUCUAUCAUGCGUCCCAUGUGACCGUGUACAGAGACCCCAAAAAACGGAUAAGUCUCCAUAUAUAACAAAGUGACUGGAGACGAGAGGGACCUCACAUGUUCUUACGAGCUCACGGACGCUCACUAAACAUGGACGUGCAUGUCACGAGAUUCCAGCCACACCUCGUUUAGUCGCUGGCAGCGGCUUUUCUUCAAGGGCUCCUCUCUCUCUCUCUCUCUCUGGUAUCAGCCAGGGCCCAUAUUUCUAUUUUACCUUAAACACAAUGUAUAGGCAAAGAAUAGAUAAAUAUAUAUAUGUGUAUUUAAAGAUGGCGGCACCGCGCAGGACGGUUCCGCUACGUAGAACUGCACUUUAACGCUUAGAGAGCCGAGUCCUGAGUAAUGCGUAGACUCGUGGACGGACGCGGUAGGGGACUGGGGGAGUGCAAACUGCACGGUCUAUGGCACCUCCAGACAAACAUGGCGCUCAGAGAACCGAAAACGCGAUAAACCAACCAAAGACAUUUACCGACCGCCAUGACAGCGCCGGGGAUGAGGUGUAAAUCACGGGGGGGAUUGGGGGGGCGAAGUAGCACAAAUGUAACAGGGACAGACUGAAGAGGCUCACGGAUCGACGAAAAAAAAGAUGGCGGCCAAAGCACAAGCCUUAAGCCUUCUCUCCGUUUUCUGUUUCUAGAGGGGGCGGGGCUAAGAUGUCACAAUGUUGUAACAUAUGUAUCAACAAAUUGCGCUAAAAAAAAAAAAAAAAAAAAAAAGCAGAAACGGUGCAGGUCAGAUCUGUCGUACCUGCGCCAAAUUGAGAGAGACGCUAAUCUCCAGUGUUACAUCAUUGUGACUUAAAGGGGUAUUCCAGGAAAAAACUUUUUUUUUUUAUAUAUCAACUGGCUCCAGAAAGUUAAACAGAUUUGUAAAUGACUUCUAUUG